AUGAAGCGACUCAGAUUGGCCUGGACUCUCUGCCCAGCCUCUCUCAAGGUCAAAUCAUGGUUGACCACAAGGUACACCAAAGUCGCCCGAAUUUCAUCAGAGAUUACUCUCCUUGUUCUUGAUCUACCUCCACCUCUACCUUCGCCUCCACCUCUACCUUCACCUCCACCUCUACCUCCGCCUUCGCCUCCACCUCCACCUUCGCCUCCACCUCUACCUCCGCCUUUGCCUCCACCUUCACCUCCACCUCCGUCUCCACCUCCACCUUUACCCUCGCCUCCACCUCCACCUUUGCCUCCACCUCCACCUCCACAUUUGCCUCCACCUCUACCGCCACCUUCAUCUCCACCUCUACCUCCACCUUCGCCUCCACCUUCGCCUCCACCUCCACCUCCACAUCCACCUUCGCCUCCACCUCCUCCUUCACCUCCGCCUCCACCUUCACCUCCACCUCUACCCCCACCUUCACCUCCACCUCCACAUCCACCUCCACCUCCGCCUUCGCCUCUACCUCCACCUUUGCCUUCGCCUCCACCACUACCUCUACCUCCACCUCCACCUUCACCUCCACCUUCGCCUCCACCUCUACCUUCACCUCCGCCUCCACCUUCGCCUCCACCUCUACCUCCACCUUCGCCUCCACCUCUACCGCCACCUCUGCCUCCACCUUCGCCUCCACCUUCGCCUCCACCUUCACCUCCAUCUCUACCUCCACCUCCACCUUCUUCUUCGCCUCCACCUCUACUUUCGCCUCCACCUCUACCUCCACCUCCGCCUCCACCUUUGCCUCCACCUCUACCUCCACCUUCGCCUCCACCUCUACCUCCACCUUCGCCUCCACCUCUACCGCCACCUCUGCCUCCACCUUCGCCUCUACCUCCACCUCCACCUCUACCUCCACCUCCACCUUCUUCUUCGUCUCCACCUUCACCUCCACCUCUACCUCCACCUUCGCCUCCACCUCUACCUCCACCUUCGCCUCCACCUCUACCUCCACCUUCGCCUCCACCUCUAACUCCACCUUCAUCUUCACCUCCACCUUCACCUCCACCUCUACCUCCACCUUCGCCUCCACCUCUACCUCCACCUUCGCCUCCACCUCUACCUCCACCUUCGCCUCCACCUCUAACUCCACCUUCGUCUUCGCUUCCACCUCCACCUUCGUCUUCACCUCCACCUCCACCUUCACCUCCACCUCUACCUCCACCUUCGCCUCCACCUCUACCUCCACCUUCGCCUCCACCUCUACCUCCACCUUCUCCGCCACCUCUAACUCCACCUUCGUCUUCGCUUCCACCUCCACCUUCGUCCUCACCUCCACCUCCACCCUCACCUUCACCUCCACCUCCACCUCCACCUCUACCUCCACCUUCGUUUUCAUCUCCACCUCUACCUCCACCUUUGCCUCCACCUCUACCUCCACCUCCAACUUCGCCUUUGCCUCUACCUCCACCUUCGUCUUUGCCUCUACCUCCACCUUCGCCUCCACCUCUACCGCCACCUCUGCCUCCACCUUCGCCUACACCUUCACCUCCACCUCUACCUCCACCUCCACCUUCUUCUUCGUCUCCACCUUCACCUCCACCUCUACCUCCACCUUCGCCUCCACCUCUACCUCCACCUUCGCCUCCACCUCUAACUCCACCUUCGUCUUCGCUUCCACCUCCACCUUCGUCUUCACCUCCACCUCCACCUCCACCUCUACCUUCGCCUCCACCUUCGCCUCCACCUCUAACUCCACCUUCGUCUUCGCUUCCACCUCCACCUUUGUCUUCACCUCCACCUCCACCUUCACCUCCACCUCCACCUCCACCUCUACCUCCACCUUCGUUUUCAUCUCCACCUCUACCUCCACCUUUGCCUCCACCUCUACCUCCACCUCCAACUUCGCCUUCGCUUCCACCUCUACCUCCACCUUCAAACAUGUAUGGAGACAGCACAUGGAGACUUGUAAUCUGUAAUAUGCCCAAGGAAGCUCUGGAGGAGGGACACCUCUUACAUGAGGCUCUGGAGGAGGGACACGUCUUACAUGAAGCUCUGGAGGAGGGACACGUCUUACAUGAGGCUCUGGAGGAGGGACACGUCUUACAUGAGGCUCUGGAGGAGGGACACGUCUUACAUGAAGCUCUGGAGGAAGGACUCCUCUUACAUGAAGCUCUGGAGGAGGGACACCUCUUACAUGAAGCUCUGGAGGAGGGACACCUCUUACAUGAAGCUCUGGAGGAGGGACACGUCUUACAUGAAGCUCUGGAGGAGGGACACCUCUUACAUGAAGCUCUGGAGGAGGGACACGUCUUACAUGAGGCUCUGGAGGAGGGACACCUCUUACAUGAAGCUCUGGAGGGGGGAGACAUCUUACAUGAAGCUCUGGAGGGGGGACACCUCUUACAUGAAGCUCUGGAGGGGGGACACCUCUACAUGAGGCUCUGGAGGAGGGACACCUCUUACAUGAGGCUCUGGAGGAGGGACACGUCUUACAUGAAGCUCUGGAGGAGGGACACGUCUUACAUGAGGCUCUGGAGGAGGGACUCCUCUUACAUGAGGUUCUGGAGGAGGGAUUCCUCUUACAUGAGGUUCUGGAGGAGGGAUUCCUCUUACAUGAGGCUCUGGUUUAACUAG